AUGGGAGCUUCAAAUGAGACAUUGAUAACUGGGUUCAUCUUAAUUGGGUUAUCUAAACACCCCAGAGCUCAGACUGUGUUCUUUGGUUUCCUCUUGGUGGCCUACCUCAUCAGCCUUUUUGGCAAUGGCCUCAUCAUAAUAUUGAGUAUUGCUGACCCACAGCUUCAUACCCCCAUGUAUUUCUUUCUCUGUGCCCUCUCCUUUAUAGACCUCAUCCUCACCAGCAAUACAGUCCCUGAGGUCUUAGUCAACUGCUUCAUUCACAGGCCCACAAUCUCCUUCUCCAGAUGCCUGGCCCAGAUGUAUAUUGGCUUAUUACUCAUUUCAACUGAGUGUGUCCUCCUUGCUAUCAUGGCAUAUGAUCGCUUUGCAGCUAUAUGCCAGCCUCUACACUACAUGCAGAUCAUGAGCUGGAGAUUUUGCAUUUUUCUGGUGGCAGGUUCUGUGGCCCUUGCCUUCUUUAUAACCUUGAUCACAGUGGUGUUGCGGCCUACUGAUUUCUGUGGCCAACAUACCAUAAACCAUUUUGUAUGUGAGCUGGAGUCAUUUCUCAAACUAGCUUGCUCUGACACACACAUUAGUGAGAUUUUCAUGCAUCUUUCCAGCCUCUUUAUCCUAAUACCACCAUUUAGCUUCAUUGUUGUGACAUAUGGGCGCAUAGGGCUGGCUGUACUGCGCAUGCGCUCGACACAGGGUCGCAGGAAGGCCUUCUCCACCUGUAGCUCUCACCUUGCUGUGGUCAGUAUCUUUUAUGGCACAAUCAUGAUCAUGUACUUGAAGCCCCAGGAGAAAUGUGUUUCUGACAAGGAAAAGGUCAUAUCUGUAGCAUAUGGGGCACUGACUCCCAUGCUCAAUCCUCUCAUCUACAGCUUGAGAAACAGAGAUGUGAAGGGGGCUUUCUGGAAGCUGGUUAGAAGGAAGAUGUCAAAAUAA